AUCGAGCUACCCCCCGAGCCUCCGGGAAAUUGUUCAAAGCAGUUACAAAAUAAAAUUCUUGAUCUUUACACAAAAUUACAAAACGGUAAAACGAAUUUGAACACAAACAUACAACGCCAAAAAUGUUUCAGAAAUCCUAGUAUUUAUGAAAAACUGGUUGAAUUUUGUGGUAUAGAUGAAAAAGGAACUAAUUAUCUCCCCGAACUUUACAAUCCAUCAGUAUGGGGUCCAGAAUCCUUCUAUAAAGAAUUGGCAAACACUCAAGAAAAAGAAAUAAUUAAACAAGAGGAAAAGAAGAAAUUGAUGAAAAAGGAACAAAUUAUU